AUGUUUGCAACUAGGUCAAUUGGCCGACAGGCCUUGAGAAUUCCCCGGUGGACACAGGCUCGCUUUGUGUCUUCACUUGAGGGCAACCCUCACAUCUAUGUGUUCCCGAACCAAGGAUCAAAUAACUCUCAUAUACUAUCGCUUCUGUCUUCCGAGCCCGUCAAUCCAGAUCUUGCUAUUGGAGUCACCAGUCAAUUACCGCCUACGCCAGACUCACUCAGAGAGAACCCCAAGUUCCUUGGCAUUCUUCAAGAAGUCUUUGCCAAACAUGCACAUGAAGAUCCAGACGCACAGUCUCAAGCGCAGGUCAUGGUUUCAACAGCAGGAGCGAACCUCUACACUGGCGGUGUCCUGAUGCCCAACCAACGAAACAGAAGGCGCACUGAAGCAGGUGACUCUAGCGGUGGAGCUAGCGGUCAGGGCGGUGCUGGUGGUGCUGGCAAGGGCGGUUGGAUUCAUAUUUCAGACAACAGACGACCCCCGAGUUUGGACGAAUUGCAUGGUACGGCACUGAUGUGGCCCGAGGAUAUCUUUGGCAGUCUCGAGGUUGAUGGGCAUGGUCAAUUUGUUGGCGGCGACGGCAAAUACCAAAGUAGUGGCACCUACAGAAUGGUCACUCGAGAUGGAAUUUUGGGACUGACCCCCUUCCUCAGAGAGAAGCUUGUCCAGCGCCUUCGGGAAUUGGACAACCAAUAA